AUGCCGGGACAAAUUGAAAGCAUUCCAUUCCUUUCCCAGAUCGAGGACGUCGAUAAAUAUCUGCUCGAAUAUCGGAGUCUUAAAUUGGCGACACCGGGACACUCCAGCAGCUACAGCUCCGGUGGACAUCAUGUGCAGGGCCAGGCGAGAUCUCUUGGCAGUGAGGUUCGUGAGGUUAAUGUUGCAGGGGAGCCGGCUGGCAGUUACAACGGCGCGGUUGACGGCGCUGGGAGCUACGGGAACGGCAUGAAAGGAACGAAUUUUAGCGGUUCGAUGGGUGCUGGCAGAAAGAAGUACGUUGGGAACGCGAACCAGUAUAGGAAAUAUGGAGUGCAGUACUCCAACGUGCAGCAGCAGAACACUAUGAUUGCGAACCACUUCAAGCAGGUGUAUCCGCAAAUGGGCUACAACGGUAGCGGAAGUGGCAGUAACCUCAGCUUGGACCAACUGAGCGCUUCUUUUAUGAUGCCAAACCGGAUGUCGCAGCAGCCCAACGUGGCCCAAACGCAGCAAGGGUAUCCUUCCGGGGCUUCGUCGCCAUCGCCUGUGCCCUCGAGGGUCGAUACCACUCUGAGCGGGGGCUCUUCCAUUUCGUCGUACACCAGCAACGCGGAACACGCCAGUGCCAGCGCCCAAUUCGGCGCUUCUCAUGCUUCCCAGUUUCAGAAUUUCCUGGAUCCAGGACUCGUUUCUUCGUCAUCUAUUGUGCCCGGUAUCUCCUCAAAUACAAACAUCUACAACUUGGGUAAUGGCGAUUUGGUACGUGGGUACUCAUCGAGCUCGCUGGUGGCCGAGCGGAACAACUCAGCGGGAACCCCGCUGGGCUUUGAGCCCGGUGUCUCAACUCCGGUUUUAGGUCCAGAACCGAUCUCUUCGGAUCGGGUCGCUGGGGAAGUCAAUCUGGGCGGCUUUGAUGCGCCGGCCGCUGGCAUCAGUGCUAACCCUGCAAAUAAUAUGCUGAUGAGCGACUAUCCAGUUGGGUGGGGUUCGAACCAUGCGACUACCUCAUCCAACACCAGUGGGGCUUUUGGAAUCUGGAAUAAUGACAUGAGCGUAUGGAGUUAA